AAACACUAUACACUAUAUACACACACCUACACAGAUACACGCACACACAUCCCCAUACACACACAGACAACAAACACGGACUAGCUAACUGCAGCAAACGCAACGCACAGAGCGGAGAGAAGAAGUAUUGCAGCAGUGAGAAAACAAAAAGACGAUAUGCAGGUCAAUGUCGCCGGGCUACGCAGAAACAUCAAAAAUCUCGCGCACAACUAUUCCGAUGCACAGGUCAAGGUACGCGAGGCAACUUCCAAUGAUCCAUGGGGGCCAUCGGCCACGAUUAUGGCCGAGAUAGCCGAUCUGACGUACAAUGUGGUUGCCUUCUCGGAGAUAAUGCAAAUGAUAUGGAAACGCUUGAAUGAUCAUGGCAAGAAUUGGCGCCAUGUCUACAAGGCGCUCAUACUGCUCGAGUAUCUGAUUAAGACGGGCACCGAUAAGGUUGCCCAGCAGUGCAAGGAGAACAUAUUUGCCAUACAGACGUUGCGCGAGUUUGUCUACUAUGAGGAGGGCAAGGAUCAGGGUACGCAUGUGCGCGAAAAGGCCAAACAGCUGGUUAAUCUGCUCAAGGACGAUGAGAGGCUCAAGAACGAGCGUGUGAAGGCGUUGAAAGCCAAAGAACGCUUUGCUCUGCAUCCGAGUGGCUUUGGCAGCGAUGGCUACAUUGAUGGACCCUCACAGCGUGACAUGCCGCCGGGCUGGCAAGAGGAGCCGCCCAAAAACGCGUCCGAGCUGGAAAUGGUGCGUCCACAGACAGCUGGCGAGGAGGAGCUGCAGUUGCAGCUGGCGAUGGCCAUGUCGCGGGAGGAAGCCGAGCAGGAGGAGGCCAAGCGGCGAAGCGACGAUGUGCGUCUGCAGUUAGCACUGAGCCAGAGUGAGCAGGACUUCAAAGAUUCUAGUGGACGACCCAUUUCGGCGCCUAAGAAGGAGGAGCAACAACAGAGUCAUUUGCUGGAUUUGCUGGACAUCUCGCUGGGCGCGACAAGCAUUUCAAGUCCACCAUUGGGCGCUGCUGGCGGCGCUGCAGCUGUUGUGGAUCCCUGGGCUGCGCCUCCGAACCGUGCAGCUAGUCAACUGUCAGAUCCUUGGUCAGGCGCUGCCGCCUCGCCCCACGUCGAUCCGUGGCAUCCAGCGGCUGCGCCACGUACGAUUAUGAGUGCAGGUGUACCGCUGGGAGCUGGUGCACAGGCGCCACCUCAGGCAUUGGGCGGACCUGGCGAUGCCUGGGGCCUGCGCACACAGUCACCAUCCGUGGCAUCGGGCUCCUCCAACGAGGGUUGGCUACAAACGAACGGCAAUGCCAAUCAAAAUGGUCGCAUAGCAGCGCCAGCGCCUGCGGACGCGUGGCUGACCAAAACAGCAGUCAGCCCCGGAUUGGCUGCUGCUCCACCUACAACACACGCGGCCAGCAAUGGUGCCUCUGCGGAUCCUUGGCUAAGCGAGCCACAGCCAGCAGCUGCUGCAGCGCCAGCUGCUUCAGCAGAUCCCUGGACAGCAGCGCAACCAAGUGCGUCCAACUUGGAUGAUCCCUGGAAGGCAAUGCAGACAGGCGCGAUUAAGAAACAAUCACCCGACUUUGAUGAGUUCGAUUUGAUAACCAAUCGCAAUAAAAGUGCCGAACAUAAGAAUUCUAAUGCCUCCAAUAACAACAAUGCUUCGCUGCUGGACGAUAUGGACCCGCUUUCGUCGAACUAUGGCAACAACAGCGGCUCAGUGCACCCAUCAACAGGUGCCACCACAAAGAAGCCCUAUCGUGAUCCGCUUGCAUUCCUUGGCGAAAAUUCAGCGCUGGUUAAUUUGGAUAAUCUAAUUAAGCCAAAUACGCCACAGACACAGUCAGGACUGGCGCCCGCCUACAAUCCAUUCGCGGACAAUGUGAUGCCACCCAAAACGAAUCUAUUCCAGCAGCAACAGCCAGCCGUGCCGUCCAUCAAUCAAUUGAAACAACAGCCGCCCUUUCCCGUCAAUAUGAAUCAGGAUCCGUGGGCGCCGGUUACCGGUGGCGUCAGCGCAGCCUCUCAGCCCGAUCCUCUAAAGCCGAUGCGUCCAACUAGCUUGCAGUUAAUGGAUGACUUUCAGCUGCUAGGCGCCUUCAAUAAACCCCCUACCCUGUCCCGUCCACAGCAGCAGUUUUAUAAUAGCAACAACAACAACAACAACAACAAUCCACAGAGCGGCAACAACAAUUUUUAUAAUCAUAGCUAUGGCUACACUAGUCCCGGCAUUGACAACAUACGCAACAUGGAUAUACUGGGUGAAUCGCCAACGCAGCAGCAUUCAUAUUACCACAGCCCCUCGGCCCCAUCGCCCUCGGUGCAAUAUGGCAGCAGCAAUUACAAUACUCCCGGCUAUUCGCCCUAUACGCAUAGCUAUAGCAGCGCCCUAUCCGAAUCAUUGGCCGAUACGCCGGGCGUGAGCAUUUCCCCAUUGGGCCAUGACAGCGGCAACGUGGCGCCCCCUAGCGGCAUCUAUGGCAAUCCGAACCCAGCCAUGGGCGGCACCUAUUGCAAACUGGAACAAAACAACAAUAUGCCGUGGAUAAAACCUGAGGCAGCCGCUACAAAUCCGUUUUUGUCCUAAGGAGUCAAACAA